AUGGCUGGAUGUAUACCUCUUGAUGCUAUGCGUCAAUCAACUUUGGAAUGUUUAUAUAAUCAAUCAUGUAUAAAUGCAAUAUCACUUCAACCAAAAAUUUCACGACCAAAAGCUUUAAAUACAUCCUUAUCACGAUUUCCAUUGAAUUCAACAAUAAGUUCAAUAUUCGAUGAAUCUUUAUUUAUUGAAUCUUGGCAAAAUCAAUCAAGUUUUGAAAAAUAUUACGCCGCUUGUGCACCAAAAUCUCUCUCCUAUAGUUAUGCAAAUCGAUUUCAUCUUGGUACAAUUAUUACAAUGAGUCUUAGUGCAUUCGGUGGUCUUGUUAUUGCUUGGCAAUUAAUUACACCAACAUUUAUCAAAAUUUGGAAACGAAUUAAAUGGAAAAAACAACAAAAACAAUCACCUACAACUACAGAACAAACACAUAUAGAAAUGGAAAUUUUAAAAAUGGCACCAAGACCAAUAAAUCAAGCUGUAACUGCUUAUGUUCAUCGAACAAUUCAUAAUUUUAAUUUAUUUACGUUGGAUAACAAAGAUAAUCCCGAGGAUGAACGUAUUGGUAUCAUUGCUACUCGUCUUUAUAUUUUCUUAAUACUUAUCGGUCUUAUGAUUCUUGGUUUUUAUACAUUAUUAUUAAAACGUAAUCAAACACGUACUGUUAAAUUGCCUUCACUUUCAACAUUUGAAACAUUAUAUUCAAUGCAUUCAUCAACAUUAAAUUGUCCAUGUUCACGUUUUUCAAUGUCAUAUGCUCGAAUAAUGUCUCUUUCUCCUCGUUAUCAUUCAAUAUGUUCAAGUGAAUAUCUCGAAGAUUAUUGGUUAUCUUAUUUUGGUCGAGUAGAAAUUGAUUUGGAUACUAUUGAGUUUAUAUCAACUGACUUUCGAAUUAGUGGUCAAUCAUUUUUUGAUUUAAUACGUAUAUUAUGUGAAACAGCAAAUGAAGUAGUUGAAAGUGCCUUAAGAGUAUUUCGAUCAAAUCGAUUAGUUACAAUUAGUGCAUUAUCACGUUCACAAUUUCAUAUUGAAACUAUGAUACGUUUAAAACAAUUUGAACAACAAACAAUAGCUUCUUUUCUUGAUCUAAUUGAAUUAAUUCGUUCAUCAAUUCAAACAAAUCAAUUAGCAGAAGAAAUGUGGACAAAUAUUGGACCACUUUCAGUAUAUAAUAAUGAAACAUCAAAAUGGUCAUUUCGUUUUCGACCAAGAAAUUUUUAUACAAAUUCAUGUUCAUGUGCUAUAUCUAAUGAAUGUAUUCGUCCUGUUGGUUUUUAUUUUCAAAUAGAUACCAUACAUUCUACACCUAAUACAACCGUACCUGGUUUAGUUCUUAGUUGUUAUGCAAUUGAUUCUCUUCUUUUAUCUACAUUAGAAUGUUUUUACGACGAAAAAUGUAUCAAAAUUCUUAUUGAUAAUUAUGAUUUUGAUGUUGUUGGUUUAGUUCGACCAUUAGAUAAUCGUGCUGUUCAAAUAAAACCACUUCGACAUAAAACUAGUCGUUUUUAUCCAAAUACAACAAUAAAUGAAAUUUUUUCACAAUUAUUUAUAGAAAAUUGGAUUAAUUCAAGUAAUUUUACAUCAUAUUAUACACGAUGUGCACCUUCACAAUGCACUUAUACUGUACGAAAACGUUUUGAUAUAGCUUAUAUGUUAGCUAUUAUGCUUGGAUUUUAUGGAGGAUUAAGUGCAAUUUUAGAAAUCAUUUUACCACCACUUGUUAAGAUAGGUUCACAACAAUGGUCAAAACGAAAAAAUCCAAUACACUUAGAUAAUUCUAAUGAAGUCACAACAGACACAAUAACGUAUACUCCAUCUUCUCCUUCGUCGAAAGAAACUGAUCGUUCCUGUCUUGAUAUAUCUAAAGAACUUUUAUCAUCAAAUUUAUUUGUAAGUGAACCACCUUCAACAGAGAAACGAUUUCUAGAUCAAGAAAUCAAUGCUACUCGUAUUUAUAUAUUUUUAUUUAUAUUAUGUUUAAUUGCUGCUCUUAUUUAUUCUGGUCCAUUGAGUGAAGAAAUGGAAUCUAUUAAAAAAUCUGCAACAAUAAAUAUUGUUAAUGAACUUCAUCAGAAAAAUAUUUCAAGUCUUUCAUGUCCUUGUUCAAAUGCAGCUGUUCCUUAUUCAAAUUUUUUAUCCAUAAAACCAGAAUAUCAUUCAAUAUGUUCAAGUGAAUAUGUUUCUCCAUCAUAUAUCAUUAAUUUAUUAGAAAAUAAUGAUACUAUAUCAUUACCAUUAAGUGCUCAUUAUCGUAUAUUAUCAUCACUUUGUUAUAUAUCUCAUCGUUUAAUUGAAAAUGCUAAACAUGUCUUUGGUACUCGUGAAUUAGUUACUGUAGAAACAUUAACACGUUCUACAUUUGAUAUUCAAACAGAAGCGUUAAUUUCAGCAUUUAUUUCUAAAACUUCAGCUGAUUAUCGUCGUACACUUUCAUUUAUAGUUAAUUCAUUUAGUGUUAAUCAAUUAUUACAUCUUUUUAGAAGUAAUUGGGAAAUUAAUUUUACUGAUGAAAAUGAAAACUAUAUAAUGAAAACAUUUCCACGACAUUUUUCAUCAUCAAAUUGUAGUUGUGCAAUAUCAUCAAAUUGUAGUGAACCAUUAAUAGAUGAUAUUGUUAUUGGUUGUUUUCCAUAUGAUGGUUUUCGUUUAUCAAAAUUUAAAAAUUUUUCAUUAGGAAAAUUAAAUAAUCAAUUAUUUGUAGAAAUAUGGACAAAUAAAAGUAAUUAUACAAAUUAUUUUCAAACAUGUAAACCAUUAGAAUGUCAAUAUACAUUACCGGAUAAAAAUAAUCCUCUUUUUAUGUUAACAACUCUUUUAGGACUGUAUGGAGGUUUAAUAUACACUUUACGUUUGAUUGUUGGUCAAUCGUUGCUUGCUUAUCGAUGGUGGAUAACACAUUCAACAACAAAAACAACUGCAGACGAAAUUUAA